AAUAAUGGCGGCUCCUUCAAAAGAUGAUCAGAAGAUCAAGCUGGCAAAAUCGUUCAAGAAAAGACUUGAUAAGCUGGGAUGUCCAUUUACAGAAGGAGUGGACGAUUCAUGGAUUUCUGAGCUAAUUUUCAAGCCUGGGGAACAUAGGAUCAGACUUCUUCAGUGGCUCUUCUCAAAAUUUGACUCCAGGUUGAAUGAUGUUCUUGAUCCAACAUUUGCAUCGAAUGAGUCGAAGAUGGAUUCACGUAUCCAGAGACUUCUGUUUGUGGCAACAACACUGGGACUGUGUAAAUAUGACGACGUCGACCUUAUCAGAGGUGUCAACACAAAGCCUACACGACAGGCAGCCUUCAUAGAUCAGCUGUUGGACAAUGUUUGUAUCAUGGAUGCUGCCGAGGAUCCUACAAAUAAAGCAUUGUGUAGCCCAGGUAUUGUCAGUGAUGCCACCAGUCUGGACGAGCAGUUUAGAAAAGACUGUCUGUACAUAGACUCUCUUGUCCAGCAGGAGAAAAUGGACGCCCUGUUCAACCUUAGAUCAACACUUCUACCCCCAGACCUUCAGCAACAGGUGGAAAUCAGCUGGGCACAGCAAGGUCACACCAAGGACAGACCACCGAAGCCAGAUUUACAGAAACUAACAGAUGCAGCAAAUAAGCUUGCUCAAGAUUUAGGAAGACAGAAAGAAAUAUUAGAGGAGUUAACAAAAACUUUUCAGUAUCAAGCUCCUGACGAAUCCCGGAUGGAAAAGAUCAGUAAAACCAUGCAGCUUGUUCUGUCGGAGUUGUCACAGUUAGAAGUGGGCUUCUCCUACUGUUACGAGAACGAGAUGUGUCACUGGUGCAACAAAACGCCUCCGACACUCAAUCAACUCGGGCCAGCCUUCAAACGUGUCCACACACUUCUUCAGCAAUUUGUAAAUCUCUUGGAGGGUUUCAAGUCCAUCAGAUCAUCAUACAUGAAUUUAAGUCGGGAUUCGUCAAAGCGUUUGAGAAGUCUAGUUUCAAGCACAACAAAUGCCACAAAUUUAGCAUCAGUCAGCCGGACAGCAUUGUCCAGCUUCCAGGACUGUGUCAGCGUUCUUGAGAGAUCGUUACAGCGCCAAGAGCUGGAAACCAGCAUGUCCAGUUCAAUAAGAUCCUCCUCCUCCUCAAUUCUCCGUGGGGAAAGGAAAAACAAACAUUAGUGUUCAGCAUCAAAAUCUUGGUAGUGAAGAGAUAUUUCCUGAAUUAGUACCAGAAUUCCUUUUUUCAUCACAUGUUAGUAUUUAUGAAACUGUUGUUAAAUUUAUAUGGUUUAUUGAAUAAAAUGCUCUAUUUUUUAAUC